CCCCGACGCGCCGCCCAAGAAGCGGCUGCGGGCGGCCGGGGCCGGCCCGGGCGGGCCCGAGGGCGCCGCGGGCAGCGUGAAGCUGGAGGAGCGGCUCUACUCCGUGCUGUGCUGCACCGUGUGCCUCGACCUGCCCAAGGCCUCGGUCUACCAGUGUACCAAUGGCCACUUGAUGUGCGCUGGCUGUUUUAUCCACCUCCUAGCAGACGCUCGGCUGAAGGAGGAACAGGCCACUUGCCCAAAUUGCCGGUGUGAGAUCAGUAAGAGCCUGUGCUGCCGAAACCUUGCCGUGGAAAAAGCAGUGAGCGAGCUGCCGUCAGAGUGCGGCUUCUGCAUGCAGCAGUUCCCGCGUUCCCUUCUGGAGAGGCACCAGAAAGAGGAGUGCCAGGACAGGGUGACCCAGUGCAAGUACAAGCGGAUCGGGUGCCCGUGGCAGGGUCCGUACCACGAGCUGACGGUGCACGAGGCCGAGUGCACUCACCCGACAAAGACUGGCAAUGAGUUGAUGGAGAUCUUGGACGAGAUGGACCAAACCCGUAAAAAAGAAAUGCAGCUGUAUAACAGCAUCUUCAGCCUGCUCAGCUUUGAGAAGAUUGGCUACACAGAGGUCCAGUUCCGGCCCUACCGAACGGACGACUUCAUCACCCGGCUGUACUACGAGACGCCGCGGCUCACCGUGCUCAACCAGACCUGGGUGCUGAAGGCGCGGGUCAACGACUCGGAGCGCAACCCCAACCUGUCCUGCAAGCGCACCCUCUCCUUCCAGCUCAUCCUCAAAAGCAAGAUCAACUCCCCCAUGGAGUGCUCCUUCCUGCUGCUCGAGGGGCCUUACGACGACGUCAAGAUCAACCCCGUGAUCUAUCACUUUGUCUUUACCAAUGAGAACAAUGAGACGGAUUACAUGCCGCUCCCCAUCAUAGACUCCGUGGAAUGUAACAAACUGCUGGCAGCCAAGAACAUCAACUUGCGGCUUUUUAUAUUUCAGAUACAGAAAUAGGCAAGGCUGAGCUGCGCUGGGAGACACCGAGAAAGCACCACUGAACCAUAGUUACCUCGUACGGCUGCCUGUGCCAGUUGUGAUUUCACAGUAAUUUGGUCAUUUUAAAAAGGAAACAAAACAAACAAAAGUCUGCAUGUGUAUGCAACAAGCGUAAGCAGUCACAGCCUUCCUUUCCUUCGCCCUUUCCCCAUCUUCCCCCCACCCGGCCGGGGCAGGCGAGACCCCUUCCCGCGGGAGGGCGGCCGGGGAGCCGCCGGCUCGGCCCUCCCGAGGCCUCGCGCGAGCAGGGAGGCGCCGGGUGCGGGCGCGAGGGCCCGGGCUGGCGGCCUCUUCUGCCCCCUCGCCGCCGGGGGUGCGAAUUAAUCUGCGUGGGGGGGGGGGGGUGAGGGCCCUGGUUCUGGGGAGGGGAGCGCGGAGGCGGCGCUGGGCUGCAGGGCUUGGGAGCGCUGGGUCCUUGCUUUCUGUACAGUGGGUCCUCUGUCUGUUUUACUAUUAGAAUAAAACAAAUGGGGAAUUUUCAAUUUA